AUGGACGGUAAAGGAUCUCAAAAACGCGACGGUCGUUAUGGUCGUCACGGUCGUCACGGUCGACACCACGACUCUGAAUCCUGGCGAAAACCCUACGAUUCCUCGCAGCAAAGUCGUAAGCAAGGUCCCCAACAAGACAAUCAGCAAAGUAAUCAGCAAGCUCCCCGGCAAGGCAGCAAGCAAGGAAACCAGCAAGGCAGCAAACAAGGCAACAAGCAAGGCGACCAGCAAGACAACCAGCAAGUUCUCCAGCAGGCUCCCCAACAAAAUCGCCAGCAAGAUUAUCAGCCAUUCCGCCAGCCGGUUCAGCAGCCGAUCCAGCAGCCGAUCCAGCAGCAGAUUCAACAGCCAGCUCAACAGUCGGUUCAGCAACCAGCCCAACAGCCAGUUCGGCACCUAAGCCACGAAUCCAGUCAUGAAUCCAGUCCCGCACCAAGCAGUCAUAGACUCUCCGAUCACAAUCAUGCCGUUGUGAAAACUCUUGUCGAGGAGGUUGAUGCUUUGAGACACACCAUUGAAUUUGUCGGACAGCGCAAUGUCGAGACGCUCGCUAAAUUCGAGGCAUUGAAGAAGGAUUUCUCCAGUUUGAUGCAGAAAUACACGAGCCUCGAGAUUUCAUUCAAACAGAGCGUCGCCAACACCCCAGGGGGUGGUCAGAUCCUACGGUCUAUGGAAGAAAACGAAGAGCGCAGGCGACGCUCAGCCCGCAAUUCGGUAGCAAUCCCUAUUGCAACUCAUAGUCAGUCUCGGGAUGAUAUUAUACCCGAAGAGAAGUUUUACAUUGAUAGCAUAAUUGAGUUCUGCUACGAACUCCUCAACCAUCAAGUUCACGUAACUAAUGAACUCCGCGAGGAGCUCGACCUGGCGACCCAAGAAAACGCCGAGCUUCGUGCUCGCCUCCAGUCUUAG